AUGCUUUUUGAACAUUUAUCCAGAUUACUUCCAGCUGGAAUGCAAGGAGGAGUUUCUGAUUACUCUGACUUCACAGUUGAAGAAUUAACUGCCAUGUCCAUUUGGCAAAGACUCGCAAUUAGAGAUUGGAGAUUAGAAUUAUUCACUGUUGGAUUCAUUGCUAUUUUUGCCCUUUUAUUCAAAGCUGGUGAUUUCUAUAAUCAAUCUAAAGUCACCAGUUUCUUAAAGAAAUUAAAACCAGUCUUGGAACGUAAUUUCUAUCAAGUUGGUGUUGGUGAAGGUAAAUUAUACAUCAAAGAUAAUGCUGAAGCUUAUUCAAGUUAUGCAACUGGUAGAUCCAAUAUUGCUAAAGUUGAUAUUAAAUUAAAUUUAGUUCCAAGAGAGAAUUUAUUUGUUUGGAUUUUAGAAUCAGUAUUAUCAUUUUUUAGUGCUACUGUUAAAGCUCCUGAAGAUAUAGUUGAAUUUACUAUUACUCCAUCUAUUGAAUAUGAUAAUUUCAUUGCUGCUAUUGUUUCCAAAUUAGGUAUGAAUGAAGCAAGAAAAUUGAAUUAUUUCCUUUCAUUAUGUAAAACUAGUGAUUCUCCAAACUUACCUGAAUCAUUUGUUUAUAUGAGUGAAGCUAAUGAAUUCCAAGAAAAGAUCACCACCAAUGAAUUAAAGAAUGCUUUAACUUUAAAGAGUGCUUCUUUCAUUAAACUUAUUGCUAUUACUGAUCAACCAGUUGAAAAACCAGAAAAUAUUCGUGAAUUAUAUCCAAGAAGAAGAAUUGUUGUUAGUUGUAACAUUACUAACAAUGCAGCAAACAUCAAAGUUAUCGAAGAUGUUUUGGAUGCUUUAUUUUCAUUUGUUGAUAAAUUAGCUAACAAGCAAAUCACUUUCCGUCCUGAAGCUGUCAAGAGAGUUGUUAAGACUAGAGAAACUGAAAUUGAAAAGAUUAGAAAGGUUCAUGAAGAAGCUCAAAAGGAAAAAUUGGCCGAGGAAAAGGCUAAACAAAAGAGAGAAGAAAGAGAUAAAUUAAGAGCUUUAUCAAGAGAAGAGCAAAUCAAAUUGGAAAAGAAGGCUCAAGAAAAGCAACAAAAGAAGUUGCAAAGAAAACAAAAGGUUAAAAUGUAA